UUCCUCCAUUCACUUUUAUCCAAACCUCCAUAUCCAAAUCCCUCCAUCUCUCUAAUGGCUCUGGUUCGUGAUCGCCGCCAGUUGAACCUCCGCCUCCCCGACCUCUCCGACUGCCGUCCCCGCUUCCCUCUCCCUCUCCCUCCAUCCUCCGCUGCUGCUCCUGCCGCCACAGCCGCCGCCGCCGCUCCCGCUGCCUCUGACCUCGAAAAGCUUCAAGUCCUCGGCCAUGGCAACGGCGGCACCGUCUACAAAGUCCGCCACAAGCGUACCUCCGCAACCUACGCUCUUAAGGUUGUCCACGGCGACUGCGAUCCAACCGUUCGUCGCCAGGUUUUCAGAGAGAUGGAGAUUCUCCGCCGUACUGACUCUCCUUACGUCGUUCAGUGCCAUGGAAUCUUCGAGAAGCCGUCUGGAGAUGUUACGAUUUUGAUGGAAUAUAUGGAUCUAGGAUCGCUUGAUUCGCUCUUGAAGAAGAACUCGACGUUGUCAGAAGCGACGCUCGCUCACGUCGCGCGUCAGGUUCUUAACGGACUUCACUAUCUUCACUCUCACAAAAUCAUUCAUCGGGAUAUUAAGCCGUCGAAUCUGUUGGUGAAUAAGAAUAUGGAGGUUAAGAUUGCCGAUUUUGGAGUUAGUAAGAUCAUGUGCCGGACUUUGGAUGCUUGCAAUUCCUACGUCGGAACCUGCGCUUAUAUGAGUCCGGAGCGGUUCGAUCCGGACACUUACGGCGGAAAUUACAACGGUUACGCCGGCGACAUAUGGAGUUUGGGGCUUACUCUUCUGGAGCUCUAUUUAGGUCAUUUUCCUUUCCUACCGCCUGGUCAGAGACCAGAUUGGGCGACUCUGAUGUGUGCGAUUUGCUUCGGCGAGCCGCCGACGCUGCCGGAGGACGCGUCGGAGGACUUUCGGAGCUUCGUCGAGUGUUGCUUGCAGAAGGAAUCGAGCAAGAGGUGGACGGUGGCGCAGCUGUUGACACAUCCGUUUGUGUGCAAGGAAUCGAGAUCUGAUCGGUGAAUCGGCGGUGGAAUGAAGGAUUCGAAUCCCUGGAAGUUUAAAGAUCCGGCCAAAUUCUGAGAUCUGUACAUAAACUAGCGGGAUUCCGAUGAACUUUUUGUAUAUACUCCUUUUCUUUUCCAUUUGAAUCUGUAGCUUCUCUGAAUCUCUGAGUCUCCAAUCAGUCGAAUCCAAUCCGCUGCAGAAUUUCGGAGAAUUUUUGUUCCGUUCUAUUUAAAAAUUUUCCUCAAUUCAGAAAAUAUCAGUUCAUUUUUUAUGCUGAACACAAACAA